AUCCUCGGCUCGUAUCAAUUGUGGGUGGAUAUUACCGACAAGUCCUCUUAUCAACCAUGACUCUAACAAGUUGGCACUUAAAGCUUUACCACUAAUAGUUAACUUUGAGCAUUACACGUCGUCGCUGCACCUUUUAUUAUCCUGCCAUCUCACUGAGAUCUCUAAUCUUGAAGCUCUGGUGUAUAUUUUCUCCUAUACUUGAUCCUUCGCGUUUCGGUAAGUAUGCAACGCUUCGGUGUGGUCGGCCAAUGCCGAUUCGCCGCACGUCGAUUGACGCAGCUAUGGUCUGUCACACCGACGACGGCGGCUGUCUUGAGAGCUUCAUCUAUAUCGCAAAGGCCAUUCACUACCUCUAAUGUUUAUCUAUCCAAGCCAAAGGGCUCACUAGGCGUCAACCCAAAUCAACAUGAGGAGCCCACCGACCUGGCACGAAAGCUGUUUUCCGAGUUUGCCUUUGCAUUUGAGUAAGUCGGCUUCGCACAGUGUCUUGUGUACUUCCAUUCAACUCGGGAUAUAUGUUUCGCGAACACAAAAUGCGUACCAUAACUGACGAACGACAGUAUUGACGGCGUCCUAUAUCAAGGCCGCAGCAGAGUGGAUGGAGCCGAGAAGGUCAUCAAGAUGCUCAGAAGCAAUGGCAUCCGAUAUGUCUUUUUGACAAACGGCGGUUGCGUUCCUGAAGACAAAAAAGCAGAGACUCUUCAAGAAAGACUCCAGAUCGCCAAGAACGACGAUGUGGUAAAAGGCAGGAUGAUUCUGUCCCACACACCAAUGAGUGGUUGGAGUGACGAUGUCAAGAACAAUGGCACUGUCUUAAUUACAGGCUCUCAUCCUGAAAAAGCUCGUCAAAUUGCUCUUGAGUACGGGUUCAAGCGUGUUGUCACCCCAGCGGAUAUCCUCGCUGAGUGCAAGGACGUGUUCCCCUUUGAGCAUAUUGAGGGCGAGAUCAAUGGCAAGCCGACGCCACUACCAGAUGGCAAGCGAAUUCCUUUGCUGAAGGACCCUUAUACAACUAAUGUCCCUGCGAAUGCUCUCAAAAUUGACCACAUUUUCGUCUGGAACGAUCCAAGAGACUGGUCAGUUGAUAUUCAGAUCAUCCACGACCUUUUAAUAUCUCAUCAAGGCUACAUCGGCACUGUUUCGAACCGAAAUGGCAACGAGUCUCUGCCCAACAAUGGCUGGCAGCAAGAUGGUCAACCUGGACUAUGGAUCUCCAACCUUGAUAUGCUAUGGAAAACAAACUAUCCUGUGAACCGAUUUGGCACGGGAGCAUUCAUGGAGGCACUCAAGGGAGUAUGGUCAACGACGACCAACGGAACAGAACUGCAGUUCAGCGCACUCGGCAAGCCAUCCAACCAUACGUACAAAUACGCUCAUGAUAGGCUGCUACGGUACUACCAUGAUAUGGCUUGCAAUCGCGGUCAAAGCCCUGGGCAUGAUACAUCGAAAUGCCACCCUCUUCGACGCGUUUACAUGAUUGGCGAUAACCCAGAAAGUGACAUCCGGGGUGCUAGCGAAUUUGAAGCGGAGGAUGGUACCGAGUGGGUGCCCAUUCUUGUACGAACUGGCGUCUGGCGACAGACAUCGACGGAGAAGGAGCCUCGAUACAAACCAGCCGUCAUCGUGGACGAUGUUGUAGAUGCUGUGGUUUGGGCGCUCAACAACGAAGGCAUCAAGGCUACCAGGGAGUGGGUAUUGUCUGCUCUAUCGCACACGAAGGGUUACGUUAAGCUGCCGCCGCUGGAGAUUGGAGAUCAAGCUGGCAGCCUCAAAGAUGGAGUUAAGUACCCGAGCGAGUUGGAGGCUGCUGGGGCAAGACUGUAGAAAGGGUGCAAUUUUAUAAGGAUUCUCAACACUUGACAUAGAACGCGAAGCGUUUUCAUUAGAAUUUAGGACAAUAAAUCUCCAAAUACAUCCGGUGGUUGCCUACUUCGAAAUCUCAAGGCUGACUUUUCA